CUUUCACAUAAUAAAAUUACCAAACCAAUCAUUAUACUCAACAAUCAAGGCAAAAAGAGACAAAGAACAAAAAAAUUGAAGCAUAACUCUCACAUAACAUACAAUCACUUUGUAAAACAAUCUCAAAGGACAAAGGAUAAAAAUCUAAGGCGGAAAACACACAAUUUCAAAAUGAAACACAGUCAGUUCCGGUGCCUUCAAAUACUUCCUUAUAUGGUAAUUUUGUUCACAGUUGCAACAGCUGGAAGAAAUAAGACAGAAAAACGAACCAAUGUACUCUCUCAAUGUACGACACAAUUAGAGAAGGCAAGAGAAGAGCUGGAAAAAUGCAAGAGCAUGGACAAUGUAGCAACAACAACAAGCAGAAACAAAACCAAAAAGAAACCAGAAACAGAAGACAAGGGUGACAAGGGUAAUGCUAAAUGUCCCCCGGGUUUUAAAUUUGUCAAAGAGCUUAACACAUGCUACAGUUUCAUCACACGUGAAAAAAUGUCCUGGAUUAACGCUGUCUCAUUCUGCACCGCUGUAUCCUCAAAUCUAGUUGCCAUAGAAACCGAGGAGGAGUUAAACUUCAUCCAAAACCGACUUAUGAAAAAUAAUAACGGCAUCGUACAACCAGAUACUGAAUCUUAUUGGGUCGGUGGGACGGAGAUAGCCGGAGAUAACGGCAUGUGGCAGUGGGUAGCGAGUCAUUCUGGGCCCUCAAGAAUGAUGACUUUUGCGCCAUGGAAUGAGGAGGGAGGACUAAUGGGUGAUGACCAACACUGUCAGGUUAUAUGGUCGACAAGAAACUACACAAUGGGCAACUAUAGAUGCGAGAGUAAAUUCAAUUUUAUAUGUGAAAUGAAACAUGAAAAGGUUUAAACCUAAA